AUGGAGAGGAGGCCGGGGCGACAAGCGGAGGAGGAGGGCAGCGAGCGGGGCUGGGAUGCGCACGAGACGAUGGCGGGCAAAGCGGACGAGAAGAUAGUGGUGGAGGAGGCCUUCAAGGACACGGAGGUGCCGCCCUGGAGGCAGCAGCUGACGGUGAGGGCCCUCGUCUCGGGGCUCCUCCUCAGCCUCGUCUUCAACUUCAUCGUGUGCAAGCUCAAUCUCACCACCGGCGUCAUCCCGUCGCUGAACGUCGCUGCCGGCCUGCUUGGGUUCGCCAUGGUCAAGGCCUGGGCGAGCCUCCUCGAGCGGUGCGGGCUCCUGAGGCAGCCCUUCACGCGGCAGGAGAACACCGUGAUCCAGACCUGCGUCGUGGCCUCCUCGGGGAUCGCGUUUAGCAGUGGUACAGCGAGCUAUUUGUUGGGAAUGAGCUCGCUCAUAGCAGCGCAAUCGGAUGGAGGGAACACGCCAGUCAACGUGAAGAACCUUUCGCUUGGUUGGAUCAUAGCCUUCCUCUUCACCGUCAGCUUCGUCGGCUUGUUCUCCAUCGUCCCCCUAAGAAAGACGAUGAUCAUGAAGUACAAACUGACGUACCCCAGCGGAACUGCCACUGCUUUCCUCAUCAACAGCUUCCAUACCCCUAAAGGAGCCAAGUUGGCCAAGAAGCAAGUAGCUGUGCUCUUCAAGACCUUCUGUCUGAGCUUUGUCUGGGCGUGCUUCCAGUGGUUCUUUGCCGUCGCCGACGGAUGUGGAUUCGUCAGCUUUCCGACCUUUGGUCUCCAAGCUUUUAAGCAGAGGUUUUACUUUGAUUUUUCGGCGACCUAUGUCGGCGUGGGAAUGAUAUGCCCUUACAUGGUAAACAUAUCUUUGCUCAUUGGCGCCGUCCUAUCGUGGGGAAUCAUGUGGCCUCUCAUUGAGACAAAGAAAGGCGAUUGGUACAGUGCCGACCUCUCUGCGAGCAGCCUCCAUGGCAUUCAAGGAUAUAGGGUUUUCCUCGCGAUCGCGAUGAUGCUCGGGGAUGGCCUCUUCCAUGUGGUGUUCAUGCUGAUCAAAACCACAAGCAGUCUCAUUGCAAACUCGAAGCAGGAAUCAUCUACUAUCGCCCCUUAUGAAUCCGACUCGUCAAGCCCCGACUUCAAUGAGGAUCGGCGAACCCUAUACUUCCUGAAGGACCAGAUUCCAAACUGGGUUGCCUAUGGCGGAUACAUUGGCCUUGCGGUCAUAUCCAUCAUAGUCAUUCCCUUCAUCUUCCCCCAGCUAAAGUUCUACCAUCUAAUGGUCGCUUAUGCCAUCGCACCCCUCCUCGCCUUCUGCAACGCCUACGGUUGCGGUCUCACCGACUGGUCCCUUGCCUCGAACUAUGGCAAGUUUGCGAUCAUCAUCUUCAGCGCAUGGGUCGGGCUUGAGCACGGGGGUGUGAUCGCGGGCCUCGCUUCAUGCGGUGUCAUGAUGAACAUCGUUUCCACGGCUUCUGAUCUCAUGCAAGACUUCAAGACCGGGUACCUGACCCUGUCGUCGCCGCGCUCGAUGUUCUUCAGUCAGGUUUAUGGGACCGCGAUCAGCUGUGUGAUGACACCCCUGGUGUUCUGGUUCUUCUACAAGGCCUAUCCGAUUGGCGAUCCCACAGGCUCGUUCCCCGCGCCGUAUGGCCUGAUGUACAGAGGCAUUGCGCUGUUGGGCGUGGAAGGCGUAUCUUCCCUCCCCAAGAACUGCCUCGCCCUCGCCAUUCUCUGCUUCGUUGUCGCGAUCGUCCUCAACCUGAUUAAAGAGCUCUUGCAACAUUUCGAGACGAAGCACCGGAUCUACAGAUUCGUCCCGAGCGCCAUGUGCAUGGCGAUUCCAUUCUACCUCGGCAGUUACUUCGCGAUCGACAUGUGCGUGGGCAGCUUGAUACUCUUCCUCUGGGAGAGGAGCAACAGGCAGAAGGCCAAGGACUUUGGGCCCGCGGUCGCGUCUGGUUUGAUUUGCGGCGACUCAUUGUGGGGGGUUCCGGCAGCGAUCCUCUCCCUCGCCGGAGUUCAAGCCCCUAUCUGCAUGAAAUUCCUGUCUGCUUCCGUCAACCAGAAAGUUGACGCCUUCUUGGAGGAGGGGUCUUAA